UUCCCUGCUAGCCUGCUUUAAACUCAUUUAGCAAUCACCAAGGAAGUUGCCCCGCUUCGGAUUUUUUUCUCCCUCAACGCCACCGUUUGCUUUUUAUGUGUUUAUUUUCCAAAACAUUCCAGUCCAACAAUGUCUUUCAUUCCUGGACAGCCGGUGACUGCAGUUGUGCAAAGAAUUGAGAUCCAAAAGCUGCGGCAGGGGGAAAAUCUGAUUCUGGGGUUUAGCAUCGGAGGAGGGAUCGACCAGGAUCCGGGUCAGAACCCCUUCUCUGAGGACAAGACCGACAAAGGCAUCUACGUGACCAGAAUAACAACAAAGGGGCCAGCAGAGGUGGCCGGCCUGAUGAUGGGCGACAAAAUCAUGCAGGUAAACGGCUGGGACAUGACCAUGGUGACGCACGACCAGGCCCGCAAAAGGCUGACCAAGAAGAAUGAGGACGUGGUGCGCCUGUUGGUCACCAGGAAGUCACUGGAGGACGCCGUCAAUAACUCAAAGGGCCAUCAAGCCCGACACUAAGGAGGAGGAGGAAGAGGAUGAUAUCGGACAAAACGCUGCCGCUACACGGAUGCCCGCUGGAACGUAUCGCCAUGUCUGGUGCCAUUAAAUCACACUCUGUUCUGUUCAAUCACUGAAACAUGAAGGGAAACCUCCUUCGUAUGUACUCGGCGCCACUUCAAAAAAGACAGUUCAGGCUUCGCUACACAUUUUUAAAACAAAGCCCUGCCAACUUAUCAGCUGUAGACGUGGGAGCUGUAAUAAUUCUGUGGCUAUGCAAACUUGACAUCGUUCUGGCUGCUGCAUAAUCAGAACCAAAAUUAAUUUCCCCUGUAGCAAAUGUAGUAUUAUUAUGAAUAUAAAUACUUCCAUCAUUGUA